UUUGUCUCAGCAUACUCGACCUCAUCCCGAAAAGCUCGGCCGGGAUACGUGCCGUCGACAUUAUACCAUGCAUUUCUCUUGGUCACUCCCUCUCGUUGUUCUUGCUGUUCUCCCGGGCGCGUUAGCCCAGUCGAGUUCUCAUUCUGGGUCUACACUUACCACCGCACCCACCGGAACCAGUGCAAGUAGCAGCAGCGCGAGCAGCAAUGUGAGCGUCUCUGCUAGUACUACAAGUACAGCACAGUUCCCUUCUUUGAGCGAUGUAUCCACCUGUGUAUCCAAUUGCCUCGCCGUUGCCGCGUCCAAUGCGACCUGCACAAGCGUAGUCGACGUGAAUUGCUACUGUACAAGCAAGAAAUUCACGAAAGCCAUGUUCAACUGCGUCGCUGGCCAGUGCGCGGCCGACCUUCAAGUUGCAGAGACACUGGCGCAGGAGUUCUGUGACCAGGCAAACUCUUCCGUCUCCCUCAGCUUUCCCUUCACCUCGUUCUCUGCGACCUCAUCGGUCUCACUCGCUACCACGACCGUCACAAGCGUUUCGGUAUCGAUCUCGAUGACAACUUUCCCUGCGUCCACGGUCACAGUCCCUUCAGGCAGCGGGUCGGCAUCCGCCACUAGCUCCGCCAGCUCGGCCUCGAGGUUAGAAGUUGCUGUGGGAUGGCGUCAAGUUGCGGGAGUGGGUUCGGCUUUAGUGGCCGUUGCAGCGGGUUUCCUUGCCUUCUGAGAUGUGUGCGUGGAAACUCGUUUGUAUCAUAUUUGUAGCAUGGGGGUUAGCGGACGAUCUAUAUGCGGUACGGCGCUUCCGCCGUAGGCAGAUGCCUAUUUCCUGCUUUUCAUGGCCUCUUUGUAUUCCAGUCUUAGACGCGCCCAUGUGGCCUAAUAUCGCUCAGUCGCUAGCUAUCUGUUGAGUUUUGCGUGUACACACCCCGAUUCGAGACGCGGGGAUAAGA